AUGUUACCACCCUCCUAUAAAAAAAUUUAUUUCAUUGGAUGUUACAUUUCAUGAAUCUGAUUCUUAUUUUAAAGAAUCUUCAUCCAGUGAUCAACAUCUAUUUUCUACAGCUCAUAUGGAUCAACAUAUAGAUUCUUCACUCUCAUCUUCAGCUGGUAACCUGUUUAUUCCCAUUUCAGUCCCUGAAAUACCCAGUCUUAUAUUGAAUUCGCUUCCUGAAAACCUAAGGUUUGGCAAGGUUUAUUCUAGGCAAAGGGAAAUUCACAAUUCACCAAAAAUCCAAGAUUCUGAUCUAGCCUAAGAAAAUAUACAGCCAUUAACAUCUCCUUCAUCUAAUGAUCCUGCAGUCCAACCUCAUGAUUCACUUCCUAUUGCCCAAUGCAAACCUAUAAGAGAGUGUAUAAAAACACCCUUGUACCCAACUGCCAAUUUUCUGUCUGAUCACAGACUUUCUUCACCCUAUCAAUCGUUCCUUGCAUCCUUAGACACCACUGCCAUUCCAAAAAAUCACUUAGAGGCUCUAUCCAAUCCUAAGUGGAAAUAAGCCAUAGAUGAGGAGAUGAGAGCUCUUGCAAAAAAUCAGAAAUGGGAUCUAGUGGAAUUACCACGAGAUAAGAAGACUGUUGGUUGCAAAUGGGUGUACACAGUGAAAUAUAUAUCAGAUGGUUCGAUUGAGAGGUAUAAAGCUCGGCUGGUGGCUAAGGAUUAUACACAAGUAUGUGGAAUAGAUUAUCAAGAAACUUUUGCACCAGUGGCCACAAUGAAUAAAGUUCACUUUUUACUGUCCUUAGCAGCAAUUUUCAGCUAG